CAGAGAGCACCUCCUCCCCCUGUAGCCAACACCUCCUGUUCCGGCAACAGUAGCCGCCGUCCCGUGGCUGCUAGCGUUCGAUCCCGACCGCCGCACGAGCCAUGACGAAGCACGCCGGUUUCUCCACCGACGAGGCGGUCACCGCCGUCGCGGCGCCGGCGCCGGCGGGCCUGCAUUUCUCGCCGUUCCCGCCGCCCAAGGGCGCCGCCCGCGACUGCAAGAAGGUCGCCGCCCUGCACGUUGACCGCGCCGCUCCCGGGGGCGGCGGGGGCGGCUCCUGGUUCGAGUCCAUGAAGGCCUCCUCGCCACGCCGCGCCGCCGACGCCGAGCACGGCGACUGGAUGGAGAAGCACCCGUCGGCAUUGACCUGGUUCGAGCCGGCGCUCGCCGCGGCGAAGGGGAAGCAGAUCGUGAUGUUCCUGGACUACGACGGCACCCUGUCGCCGAUCGUCGAGGACCCCGACCGCGCCGUCAUGUCUGAGGAGAUGAGAGAUGCCGUGAGGCGUGUCGCCGAGCAGUUCCCCACCGCGAUUGUGAGCGGUCGGUGCAGGGACAAGGUGUUCAACUUCGUGAAGCUGACCGAGCUGUACUACGCCGGGAGCCAUGGCAUGGACAUCGAGGGCCCCGCCAAGCAGUCCAACAAGCAUGUCCAGGCAAAUGCCGAAGAAGCCGUUCACUACCAAGCGGGGAGUGAGUUCCUCCCGAUCAUUGAAGAGGUGUACCGCACGCUGACGGCCAAGAUGGAGUCCAUCGCCGGCGCCAAGGUGGAGCACAACAAGUACUGCCUCUCCGUCCACUUCCGCUGCGUCCAGGAGGAGGAAUGGAAAGCCGUGGAGGAGGAAGUCAGGUCGGUGCUCAAGGAGUACCCGGACCUCAAGCUCACUCAUGGAAGAAAGGUCCUGGAGAUUCGCCCUUCCAUCAAGUGGGACAAGGGCAAGGCCCUUGAGUUUCUGCUCAAGUCUCUCGGCUAUGCUGGGCGUAGCGACGUCUUCCCGAUUUACAUUGGAGAUGAUCGCACCGACGAGGAUGCCUUCAAGGUGCUGCGCGGCAUGGGGCAGGGCAUCGGAAUCCUGGUGUCCAAGUUCCCCAAGGAGACGGCGGCAUCCUACUCGCUGCGUGACCCUGCUGAGGUCAAGGAGUUCCUUCGCAAGAUGGUGAAGGGCAAGGGGGACGGCGGGCCAGUGAAGAUGAUGAAUGACAUAGUGCAUGUCGAUCACUAGCUCUAUCAGACAUGCAUGGAUGCCGCCGGGUGGGUGAUGGCGAGCAACAAGAGAUGGAGCCUAUCUUUUGUUGUUUUCUUUUUGCCGCUCUAAUGAUAGUAGUCUACCUAGAACUUUGCACGCGUGGCCGAUAUAUCUGGCCAUGCGAAGGAGAAACAACCUAGCUGCUA